AGAUGGCCCGGUGCAGUUCACAGGUAGAGUGAGGUCUCGGCAUACUCGGAGGUAUGAUGUUCUCAGCGCUGUUGUUGAAUCUUCUGCUUCUGGUGUCCAUUGCUUCAGCAGGACACUAUUAUGGAGGCUCAGUGACCUUCAGCCCUAAAGGAGCCAAUGCAGAUGGGAGCAUGAGGGUUGAGUUUCGACUAAAGCGAACCUAUGACUGGUGUGAUUAUGGUUAUUGGUACUGCGCCUCUGGGGAUUGUGGCAAUGAAUACACAAAUGGGCAAGGUCAAAUCGAUAGAAGCUCGAAUGGCAGAAGUGCUUAUACCAACAGCUGGUGCCAAACGGAAACUGUUAUCACAAGAAACAUCCAUGGAAACACACCCUUUGACCUGCAGGACUCCUCGUGCUGCUGGGUGCCCACAGUGAACGGUCUUGGUUCUUGGUUCCUCAGGACACACGUAGAUCUAGGCAUAAGAGCUGAUACUAAUCAACCCAACCGAUCACCUGUCACAACUAUUUUCCAACUUCUACGUGUUCCCCAAAACUGUCCUCGUACAUACCACCUGAUGGCCUAUGACCCAGAUGGUGACCAGGUCAGAUGCAGAUAUGGAAUUCAGCAACAAGUUGAAUGUGACAGAUGUGACCAGCCAAGUGGUUUCAGUGUAAAUCAAGAUGCCUGUACACUAGACUACAGCUAUGCCUACAACACAGGCGUCUAUGGAUUUGAGAUGAUUCUGGAGGACUUCCCAAGGAAACACACCACCCUGGCCUAUACUGAUGGCUCCAGCUCUUACAGAUGCUCUCUAAAUGGAAGACACAGUAGGUCAAUUGGCUCAACAGCAUACCCAUGGUAUUACCAACAAAGUACCACAAAUGUACCAUGGUGGCAACAGCAACAAAGUACAGCUUCUGCUUCAUGGUGGGGGUGGUGGCAACAGCAACAGCAACAAUCGACCACCGCUCCACCUACAACUUCUGCUCCAUGGUGGGUGUGGUGGCAACAGCAACAAUCGACCACCGCUCCACCUACAACUUCUGCUCCAUGGUGGGUGUGGUGGCAACAGCAACAAUCGACCACCGCUCCACCUACAACUUCUGCUUCAUGGUGGGGGCAGUGGCAACAGCAACAGCAACAAUCAACCACCACUCCACCUACAACUAUGCCAUGGUGGUGGUGGCAGCAGCAACAAUCAACAACUCCACCUACAGCAUCCCAGUGGUGGUGGUGGCUGCAGACCACAAGCACAACCACAACAACAAGCUCACCACAACUGUACACGACUGCUGUAGCUUCACACCAGCGUUCUUACGAACCUUUCAGCAAGAUCCCACUGCAAUUCAGUGUCCUUGUUGAUUCACCAGCUCCUUCCUGCACUGAGGGACAUUAUAUACCUCGCUUUGUGUCGCCAACUCCACGCAACGGAGAAGAAAUCCAAGCGACACCACUCCGAGAACUGGAAAUUCGGGUUAAGGCUGCAGCAGCAUAUUCAACGGUUUAUGAUGUCCUUAUCAGUGGUCCUCUGAACAUAACUAAGCAUGCUUUGAGCAAUGGAGAGUACGCCAUCAGAUGGACACCAACGAGGAGUGACCUUGGGGAUCAUUUCCCUGUGUGUUUCAUUGCUGAGAGCACAAGCGGAAGCAGCGUUUAUCAGUCUGAAAUGAGAUGCGUCAUUGUCACUGUUGGACACCAGUCUGUGGAGGCAAAUGUGAUUUGCACUGGGAGCAACAUAGUGAUCGAAAUUGAGCAGCUGCACUCUGUCGGGCUCCACAAAGACUAUCUGCGACUCAACGAUCCUGCCUGCACUUUGGUCUCAAAUGGCACUCAUGUGUUGGCAAACUUUUCUCUCAAUGCUUGUGGUACCAUGAUUGAGGAGGAUGAGCAGUACAUCAUUUUCAAGAAUGAAAUUUUCUCAACUGAUGAUCCAAACUCAAUAAUUACCAGAAAACACGAGGUAGAGAUUGAGUUCUCAUGUCGUUUUGAGAAGAAAAACAACAUCUCAAUGGAGUUCACAGCACGGAGACACACAACCACCAUCACUGAGAGAGGCUUUGGAACCCUCACCUACCGCUUCGGGCUCUUUCAAACAGUAAAUUACAACCAAGAAAUAGACGUGAUCUCAUAUCCAGCAGAGUAUGAUCUUGGGGAGAUGAUUUACAUGGAGAUUGAAUCCCAGUCUUCAAUCAACAACACUGAGCUUUUCGUCGAAUCAUGUGUAGCAACACCAUACAAUGACCCCAACUCCCAAGCAUCCUACACAAUCAUCCAAAAUGGGUGCAUCAUGGAUGAAACUGUGGAGUUCUACACGAGCCACCAACCAAUGGCUCGGUUUGGCCUGCAGGCCUUCCAGUUUAUUGGAAGGCAUGAUCAGGUGUUCAUCAGCUGUUCUGUGAUUCUGUGUGAGGCAAACAAUCCCAACACCCGCUGCUCUCAGGGUUGCACCAACAGCACAAGCGCUCCACCAUCCCACCACCAUCACAAAAGAGAGGCUCCCAUUCAGACCAGCAGUCACUUUGUCUCCCAGGGGCCCCUGCGACUGAAGAGGAGCGUUGAGGGUGAAGUGUCCUCCACGGUCUUGAACCUGAAUAUGGUUUUCAUUGCCGGAUGUCUCCUGGCAGCUGUUGGCAUGGUGUGUGGGGUUCUCAUCUACAAAACCAAGAGAACAGAGGUCAAAUAUCAACCUCUUCAAUCAAAUGAGAUUUAAUGGAUCGGUCUCAAACACUACACAAUUAUUUCAUCUUUGCUCUCUCUGGGAAGGUUAUGGUUUUGAAAGAUUUGUUUCUGUUUGAUCGCUUUUAAAUAUUGUGUUAUAAUCCAUUUAUGGUUGUUAGGGUUAUUUUUCAUAACCUAUUUCACAGUUUUGGUAUCUUUUUCUUGCACCCUUUAGAUUGCUAAUGAUAAAUUAUAUAUAUAUAUAUAAUAUCUGAUUGAUUUAAAAAAAAAUGUCAAAUAAUGCACAUCCACUAUAAGAAAUAAAUGAACAUACCUACAUCCUGUAUUGUAUUGUUUGUUGUUGUUGUUGUCUUUUUUCAUGUUUACCAAAGGUAUAUGUAACCAUAUGUAACCUGAUUCUAUGUAUUAAUCACAUAAAUGUUGAACCGCUUUCACAGCAACAGGUGAAUCAAAAUCAAUAUCAAAUGGACCAUGAACAUAUUCAAAAGAACACUGUUUAAUAACAUACAAAUAUUAACAACAGCAUUUUUAAAAUUGAACCCUUAUUAACAUGUACCCAACUAGAAACACUUCUAAAACAUUUAGUCUGAAAUGUCCUUGAAACACAAAUAAAAUUGUAUAAAUUGUCA